UAUCCUGCUACGCCUGCGCACUGAUCACUGUCUAACAGCACCAUCAACAGACUGGGGAACAAGCAGCCAGAGGAGAGGCACAAGCUGGCGUUUUGUUUACCUCCAAAAGAAGAAGAUAACAUUUUCUCAACAUGUCGGGAUUUGACGAGAACCCAUUUGUAGAUGCAGUGGAUGUCAAUCCUUUCCAGGAUGCCUCAGUCACACGAAUCACCAGCGGUGGGAUUGAAACCGUUGAGGAAUUCAAUCCAUUCUCAGCCAGUGCUAUGGGCACCCACACUGGGACCACCAUCCCUAUCUCUGCUGCCUCCUCCCAACCAGCUGUCCUACAGGCUUCUGCUGUGGAGCCCACCCCACAAGCUACUGCGGCUGCUGCCCAGGCUAACCUGCUCAGGCAACAGGAGGAGCUGGAGAAGAAAGCUGCUGAACUGGAUCGGAAAGAGCAGGAGCUCCAGAACAGGCCUGGAGGCCACAUUACAAAAGAAAACAACUGGCCGCCACUUCCCAAGUUUUCCCCCAUAAAGCCUUGUUUCUACCAGGACUUCAACGAAGACAUCCCUGAAGAGUACCAGAAGAUAUGCAAGAGGAUGUACUACCUUUGGAUGUUUCACAGUAUCACACUCUUCCUGAACCUUCUGGCGUGCCUGGCCUACUUCACGGCCGAUCCAAACGCGGGGGUGGACUUUGGUCUGUCCAUCCUCUGGUUCGUCCUCUUCACCCCCGUCUCUUUCGUCUGUUGGUACAGGCCAGUGUACAAAGCCUUCAGGUCGGACAGUUCCUUCAGCUUCUUCUUCUUCUUCUUUGUUUUCUUCUUCCAAGUGUCUGUCUACAUCAUCCAGUGUGUGGGGAUCCCCAAGUGGGGGAACAGUGGAUGGAUUUCGUCCAUCACCAUGAUAAGAAGCAACAUGGCUGUAGCUGUGGUCAUGAUGGUUGUGGCCGGUUGCUUCACUGUGAACGCUGUCCUCGCCAUCAUCCUACUCAAAAUGGUCCACUCCAACUAUCGUCGGACGGGGGCCAACUUCACCAAGGCCCAGCAGGAGUUCUCUUCGGGGGUCCUCACCAACCAGACCUUUCAGAGCGCCGCCUCCUCAGCCGCCCAGGGAGCCUUCCAAGGACGCUAGUGAUCCUAAUGCCACAGGGCCAGGUUCCUCCUAACCUUUCUAGGCACCUCUCACUCACUCCAAGCCCCGUUUUGUCCCAUGGCCUCAGUGUCUCUGCAGAGGCAACAGAAAUGGCUGACAGGACAGAAACUAGACUGGUAUACAAGAACAUUACAAUUUACUGCUGUAUCAUGGACAUUCUCUAACCACAGCCAUUGAUGCAUAAUCCCAAUUCAACCACUAGCCCCGUGUAUUCAAUGUGGUGGAAACUCUGCUAGCUAAUCAGAGGGUAUAAAUGGAGCUAUUACCAUGUUGAUUGGACUUAUCCAAGUGUCUGGGGGGUUGGUUUGGGAUUGUGGUGUCUUGCUGAUAGGGGGCUAGGGUUGGUUUGGGAUUGUGGUGUCUAGCUGGUAGGGGGCUAGGGUUGGUUUGGGAUUGGGGUGUCUAGCUGGUAGGGGGCUAGGGUUGGUUUGGGAUUGGGGUGUCUAGCUGGUAGGGGCUAGGGAUUGGGGUGUCUAGCUGGUAGGGGGCUAGGGAUUGGGGUGUCUAGCUGGUAGGGGGCUAGGGAUUGGGGUGUCUAGCUGGUAGGGGGCUAGGGAUUGGGGUGUCUAGCUGGUAUGGGGCUAGGGUUGGUUUGGGUUUGGGCACCAGAGUUUGGGAAAGUGUCCUCCAUGUUGGUACCAAACAUUCCAUGACAAUAAUGUACAUUUUCUUUAAGUGGAAUGUGAUACGUUAAGAAAGCGAAUGCGUAGUCUGUAUUGCUCGUCUCCUGUAGGUUGUAAUGCUAUUACACUAUGCUCCUAGCAAAUGAGGAAUGCUCUCCCUAGAAUACUUUACAUUGUCAUUUUAAUCCUCACUAGAAUGAAAUAGUUUGGUACCAGCAUGGCGCUUAUCAUUAUGAAAACACAACUUAAUUUGAGAUUGUAUUUUUAUUCAGUAUAUCAAUUGAGCUCUGUCCCAUAGCCUAGUCUUUACCUCGUUAUGUUCUCUUCUUCCUCACUGUCCUGCCCUAUCCAGACACUCAGGUCCUCUUCUCAGGACAUACUGUACCGUUAACGCAGAGAUCUCCAACUCUAGUUGUGGAGAGCCACUGUUAGUGCAGGAUUCUGUUCUUUCCUAACACUAACACACACGUUUCAAAUACUCAACUGAUCACGGUCUUCAGUCUCGACCUUGAUUUUUGUUCAAUCCGGUGUGUUGGUGCUAGGCUGGAACAAUGCCUGCGUACCCAGUGGCUGUCCAAGACUGAAGUUGGAGAUCCUUGUAUUACAAGGUUUUGGGUACAAAAAUGUUACCGAAGUGGGUAUCUGAGGUAAAAACACUGAAAUGUCUACUGAAGGAAUUACAUUUUAUUUUGUGAAGUUUACAUUGUUGUUGAGGUUUAUUUUUGCUCUGAUCAUAAUAUAUUGAAGGGAUGAAUGGUUUUAUUUCUUAGAUUUUUUUUUGUGAUUUCAUAUUUUACUGUUCUUCAAUCCCUCAGUAGGGUUGGACUUGCUGAAGUAUGAUAAGGCAACUGCUGUGUUUUUGUAGAUACAAUAAUGAAGAUAUUGGGUGACGGUUUAACUAAAUGGGAAAUACUGUAUAUGCAGAUGUUAGUGCACCACCCCCUGUAUCCCUCCUACUGUACUUUAAAGUAACUGUCCAGUGAAAAUCACACUUUUAAAAGUUCCUGUUCUGUUAACUCCUACCCAAAUAAUGUUGUUGACUCAUCCUAUACUCAUAUUAUUGUCAAAACCAUAAAUUGGAGAGAAAAAAACACCUCAAACAGUUUAAAAAAUGCUUGCUAUUUCCUCAGAGGAGGAUGAGCUGGCCAAUCAGUGGUCUACUCGCAGUAAUAUUUUUAAUAAUCGGUAUACACCAUUCCAACACAGAAUAGCUGUUUAAAUUUUUUUUUUUUCGUACUUAUUUAUUUAUUUUAAUUGGAAGGAACUAUUUGUCAUAUUGUGCAUAAUUAUAGGUCAUAUUUCAUAGAAAUAUUAACACGGGACCGUUACUUUAAUGAACAUAGAACCACUUCUGUGCUGUCACCACUACAUUUUGGAGUUGGUGGCUUUGGUAUUAUGACGUCAGGACAGGUGGGAUCUUUUCUUACAAAUCAGAAAAGGACUAGUUAGUUUUAAAUUGACACUUAAUUAUUUUUUCUCUAUGAAUGAGAUAUAGACCAGUCAAUGUGGGUACUGUGGCAUGCUCAUAGACAUUUCUGGAAGAUUGAAUGUAUUUAGUGCAAGAAUAGAAUAGAGGUACAGCCAUGUGAGAAUGAGUGAGUGGAUGGAGGAAUGAGCUGACAGGACAAAUGAAUGAAUUAUUUGACUAAUUCCAUGAUGAUCUAAAUGUAUUAAUGAAUAGUUAGUUAUUGAUUGUGGAUAUGUGCCUAAAGUAAAGUUCAGUACAAUAACCCUAAAGAUUGCAGUAAACCAAGUCAUGACUUCUAAUACAGCAACGAUCAAAAAAUAGAUUUACAUUCUUGAUCUUAGUUGUUGGUAGUAGUUACAACACAGGCAUAUUAUUAUUUUUAAUGUACGGUUACUCUACACUUUUUCUGAAAUGUCACUAUGCUGUCUACUGGACAUUUGCAGUCUUGCUACACUACCGCUCUUGGUUCCUGAUAUGUCAACUCUCAGAUGUUAUGUAGCUGACACUGGUUUACUGAGAUUUAUUUUUGAGCCUAAAACUCACCGAGACAUGACUUUAAAUGAGCCUCACCUUCUGCCUAUUAACUACCAUUAUGAUCCAUCCGUGUUCUGAAUGUUUGUCCAGAUACGUGUGUAUUUAUCUGAUCCUUCUAUUGGGUAGUGUACUGUUACUGGGUAUUAUCUAGCACAGGGGUGUCCAACCCUUCUUCUGGAGAGCUACUGAGUGUGCAGGCUUUUGUUUUAGCCCUGCUCUAACACCUAAUUCAUCUCAACUGCUCAUCAGGGCCUUGCAUGACUAGCUGAUAGCUUCUGAUUUGGUCGAAUCAAGUAGGGAUGGAAUGGAAGCCUGCACAAUGCACACCCAGUAGCUCUCCAGGAUGGCUGUCCUUCUGGAGGUCAAGGGUCAAAUCUGUUUGUCACUGUACAUAUGUCUGACGUGUUACAAAGCUGUUAUUUUGUCUGAGGGAUUUUUACGACUUAUCUCUGAAGUAAUUUAUAGAUCUAUUGUUACUGCUAUUAUUCAAUAAAUGGAUGCAUUUC